AUUCAAUUUAAGAAACACAUUUGGUGAAGCUUAGAUACCAAACCAUACCCAAAUCUAAUGGCAAUUAAGUUGUGCACUUUGUCACCAACUAUUUGUUUCUCUUCCCCAACUUCCAUCAACACCAAAACUUCACCAUGUUUAACAAACACAAUCACAAUCACAAAAACAACAAUCAAAAACUACAAAUAUCAAAUUCGACCUCCAUUACUUCCUGCUGUUCGAGCUUCUUCUGGCCCCAAUUCUUCUGAACCAACUUCACCUUCAAACUCAGUUCCUCCUCCUAAUCUUCAGGACGACUUUACCUACUUGUUGAAGUUAGCUGCUGGUUCAAUUUUCGGUGCAGCAUUGAUCAAAUAUGGCAGUGCUAUUAUCCCCGACAUCACCAAACCCAACAUUACCCAGGCUUUGCUGAUGAUUUCUUCUCCUGUAGUCAUAUCUAUUCUGCUUUUAUCCAACGGUAGUCGUAAAGAAUGACCUCUUGUGUGGUACGGAGUAGCAGGAUGUGGACACUAACGAAUACCAUGGCUAUAUGUUGAAGCAAUGCGGACACUUGAGCCAAGAGGCAAACAAAGAUUCAGUUGUAUAUUAUGAAGUUACAGCAGUUAUGUACAUCAAUUAGUGUUCAUAACAACGAUUGGAAUGCAAGUUGCAAAUUUCGAAAACUUGUCUAAUGUUGUAAUACUCACUCUUUUGUAGCAGUUCUAGAUGCAUUUCUUGGUACAAAAUACGAGUAUGUCUCUACCCAAUAACAAAAUUCAUUUUUGUUAGUACCAACUAAUAUUAUUUAUUGUUACCAAAUUGAAUGAA